AUGAAAGUGUUUAUCCUUGGUGCAUCUGGUCUCGUUGGCAGUAAUUGUCAAAAAUAUUUUGAAACACAAGGAUGGAACGUCACUGGUUCUUAUUUUUCAUUUCCCGUCCCGAAUGCUGUUUAUUAUAACACAUUAGAUCCGAAUAAUUCCAAAAAUUAUGACAUUAUUGGAUGGAAACCCGAUGUGAUUGUACAUUGCGGUGCACUAACCAAUGUUGAUUAUUGUGAAACACAUGAAAGUGAAAGUUAUCAACAAACAGUCGAAAGUACUAAACAGGCCAUUUCCCUCGCAAGACAAUGUCAGGCACGCUUAGUGUAUAUAUCAACAGAUUACGUCUUCGAUGGUAUUAGCGGUCCAUACCGUGAAAAUGAUGCUACGAAUCCAAUCAGCAUCUACGGAAAACAUAAACUUGAAGCUGAACAACUCUCCAUCUCACAACUGAAAGACACAUUAGUGUUACGUAUAACAAACGUCUAUGGUGAUGAGAUAAGAGGAAAGAAUUUUGUUGCUCGUAUUGUUGACCAGUGCAAGAAGAAUCAAGCGCUCACUCUCAAACUUCCGUAUGAUCAAUAUGCUACGCCGGUUAAUGCUUGGGAUAUAGCACGAGCGAUGUUUAUUCUACUACAGGAUCAGAAACACGGCAUCUACCAUAUCGCUAGUACAGAGUAUAUGAAUCGUGUUGAACUAGCAUCACGUAUAUUAUUGUAUUUUCCACAGGCACAGUAUGAUUUACAACCAUUGAGCACUGAAAAUCUUAAACAACAAGCAGCACGUCCAUUGAACGGCGGUCUUUUAAAAAUAAAAUUUAGUAACGAAUAUCCAAAUUUUCUUUUUAAUUCAUUAGACAAUUAUCUUCGCUCAAUAAUUUAA